AAGACACAUUGUAAUCUCGGGUAACCAAUAGCACCAGGACUAACCCUAUUUCUACACCACCCGCCCCCCACUACAUUCCUCGGGCUCCGUCCCAAACCGCAUGGUCCCGCACUACACACUCCAUGACUACAGCCCUGCAUCUGCUCGCGCGCCAUGGCGCUUUGGCGCACUCUGUAGUGCGCUCUGUAGUGCAGCAGUGAGCGGUUUGGGACGCGCUCUGAGUGUGCGCUCAUGCGCGGAGCAGGGCUGAGGGGUGGGAGUGUACAUACAGCAGCCCACACACACACACACACAGUAUAUAAACCAGAGCCACGCAAAUGAAAUCCUGCAACAACAACACCACAAAAAUAAAAGAAUGGACACUUUAAACAGCAGAAGGAUAAAUGGGUGAUUUGUCAGGCGAAGGACGCGGACGUUGUGGAGAUAAAGCCUCUCUGGAGGUGUGUUUGAGGACAUUUCUUUUGGUGCCGGUUCUUCUGUAUCUCCUGCCUUUUAACACUCGAUGAUCCAGCGGACUCGUUUGUGUUCACCGUGCCUUAAUCUACUUUUGAGAUAUCUGGAGAACUCUAAAGCGACGCACACGCACACGCACUCGCAUACGCAUACGCACACGCACUCGCACACGCAUACGCACCGAUUACGCGCGCGGCGUCAUGAAGUUCAAACCCAACCAGACGAGAACGUACGACGGUGAAGGCUUCAAGCAGCGAGCGGCGUGUCUGUGUUUCAGGAACGAGCGAGAAGAUGAGGUGUUGCUGGUGAGCAGCAGUCGUCAUCCGGAUCAGUGGAUCGUUCCUGGGGGAGGAAUGGAACCAGAGGAAGAGCCGUGUGGCGCAGCGGUGCGGGAGGUUUACGAAGAGGCUGGAGUGAAGGGGAAACUGGGUCGCCUCCUGGGUGUGUUCGAGCAUAAUCAGGACAGGAAGCAUCGCACGCACGUGUACGUCCUGACCGUGACUGAGACUCUGGAAGCAUGGGAAGACUCGGUCAAUAUCGGCCGGAAGCGAGAGUGGUUCCCCGUGGAAGAGGCUAUAAAGAUCCUGCAGAGCCACAAGCCUGUCCAUGCGGAGUACCUCAGACACCUUCAGCUCAGCUGCUCCACCACCAACAACGGGAACAUCCUGCUGCCUCCUCCGCCUCCCAACGACAACACCGCCCGAGCUGCAGCAUGCAGAUAGGACUGCUCGCUCCUUUUCUUUUCUUUUCCUUUCUCACACUCUCGCCUGCAUUCCCUCCAGGAUCAGAUCUCUGUAUCUGUACACACACACACACACACACACACACACACACUUGGACAUGGACGUGUUCCUGGAUCGUCCAGGAUUUUUUAAAAAAAGUGUAAAAAUGCCUUAAAACCGUAAUAAUGUGUGUGUUUUUUAUUAAUUUUUUAAAAAUAUAACAUCCGGUUCUUUUCGGAUUCAUCUGCCGCUCGCUUUUAUUAUUCACGAUCUCUACGGCUACGGAUCACGCUCCGCGUUACCUCAGAUGACCCCCCGAAUAUCCCGGAGAUCAUGGACUUGUCCUUUGGAAUUGGUGCCUGCUGUUUCUAAAGGAGCCGUUUGGCAUUUUUAACGUCUGCGGUCCUGCAGGCCGACGCCCCCUCGGCGCCGUGUUUGUCAUUUCCGCCUUCUGCGCUUAAGGAAAAGGGGACCGAGCUAAUAAGCUCGAUUCUGGACCAGAAAACAAAACGAAAAAAGUCACCGGAAGCCUGAAACGAAGAAACUAGCCACAUUCAUCUAUGCGUAGCAAUGUUUUUCCAACACAUCAUUGAUUCUGUUAUUCUGGAAACACUUUGAAACAUUUCAGACUGCACCUUUUUUUUUAAACGGGAAAGAAAUGGAAACGCGUCGCAUUCGGUACUUGUUUGUUCUGGUCUUAGGCCCGCUCUCUGUUUCAGUCUGGGGUUCGUGUCGAUCCAGUAAAACGAACAGGAAGCCUCAUUGUAACUAAACAAAACAGACCUUUAAUGGCUAUCCCCUCUAACUCUGUCUGGAGCGCGGCAGGGUGGGACAGGCUUCUCUCGCAGGGGCGUCUAACAAAAAAUUGUACAUGAGUGUUGAGUAUUGUGACAUUAAUCAUCUUUUUUCUGUUACUACUUCUUUAUGAUUUUUUUUUUUUAAAAGAGACAUUCUUAACAGUAGACGUGAUUUAAUCAAUCGAUCCCGAGCGAACGCCGGUCUCCACAUGACUUCUGAAGUGACCAGUCAGUGAGGGCGCGUUCGAAUGGGGUCCGUGCGCCACCUUCUGGUGAUGUUCAUGAUUGCUCAUUCGCUCUACGGCGUCCAGACGUCUGAAGAUCUAUUCGAGUUCCUACUGAUGCGCCAAAAGCGAACCUGAAAGCUGAAAUGAAGACCCCCUGAGCCUCAAUUCGUGUUCUUUUUUUCUUUUUCACCGUUGUGUACAUAUUGUUAAUUGAUUUUGCGUUUUCUUUUGUGAGAGGGGGGAAAACAAAUCAGAUCGGCCUACGGUGAUUUGCGUACAAGUUUCCCAUCCAGCUAGUGGGUUAAAAAUCGGACAAACCCAUACACCUACAAGCCCAAGGCCAUGUUUAAUCUUCAGUUCAAGGUCAGUAGAAAUCCUGAGCAAUCGAAACAAAGUUCUCCGUGUCGGUGAUUAUUGGCUCAGGAGAGCAAAAGGAACAAGUUUUACCCCCCCACCCCCCCACCCCCCAUCCUGAUUAUUCAUCUUUGGUUGUGUUUAAACGUAAACAAUGGUGAACCUUUUUUUAUUAUUAUUAUUUUUUUUUUUUAGUCAGCGUGUUCAGCAUUUUUGUGACACGUUUUCAGCGUAAAAUAUCUUCAACCCCUACUGCUACCUGAACAAUGCUGCUAAAAUUUUACAAAUCCGACACUCACCUUGAUCAACUGGAUGUUGUAUUUACCUGAACGCUACGACAAACAAAAAAACAACAACCCCUCACUCUGAGACUCGUAUGUUGGGUAAAUGGAAUACACGUGCGUGUUUCAGUAAAUGGACGUGUCAUGCUUGUGAAUGUAAAAAUGCCUCGCUAGUGCCAAACGUUCAGGGAUAUAGGAUUAGAGAUUAGGAUCGUUCUCUUAAAAUACGCUUAAAGUACUUCCUGUCGUUCCGGACUCAUCUCUUAUUUCCUCGCACAAAUCGCAAAGCCGUCACUUCUUGAUCGUGACCUCGCGUGUGUGUGUAGUGUAGAAAAGGUCCCCGUUAAAAAGUUCCAGAAGGAUACGUCCCUGGCGCUCCUCCGCUCGGUCACAGGUCCGACCUUGCGUACGCCGUACAGAGCUCAGAACAUGUCGGGAUGGGCGCGUUUUCUCUGAGAGCUUCACUGUGGAAGGGUAACGUCAUCAUGUCCGGGUUAUACGUACAGUCGGGGAUUUUCUUUUGCGGUACUUCAUAUUUCUAGUGUAAUAUACAAACGCUGAUGGUCUAGUUGGCUGUGAAUGCAGUUUGGUUUCCGUUUUAUUUUUCCAAUGUCAGUUAUUAGGAUGUACUUGAGCCCAGACGAUGUCUGGACACUCGCUCGUCUUUCUCUUAACGCAGUCUGGUGAACAGUUCCUCUGUUCUUUUAUGUGACUUUUACGUACCGAGGGAUGUUUCGAAUCUGACUGCAGAUCGUCUUGUAUGUCGAAAGAACUCUUACUCAUCGGGAAGAACUUGAAUAAAGGAAUAAAAGCUUCUGAUUGGAA